AUGCCGUACUCAGGAAGCGCGCAGGCCGCGCUGGUGCAAUGGGCAAACACAUUUCCCCUGGAUAGACAGGCCGACUCAAUAUCAGACUUCCUGGACGGUCACCUCCUGUCCAAGGUCCUUCAAGCACUCGACCCCUCCUUCGAUUCCAACACCACCGAGGGCGAGCUAUACGAUGUCUACAAGGGCAUCCAGAGGCUAGUGUAUCGCGAGUGCCCGGGGCUCAUUGGACAGACCAAGCUUGCCGAUAUCAGACCUAGGGCGAGAGAAGCGCAGCCGGAGGCUAUCAGUAAGCUUAUUGCCGUGCUGUUUGCUGUUGCAAUGCUUGGUAGCAACAACGAGCGAUGGGUUACCCGUAUCACCCAGGAUAUCUCCGACAAAACGGUCCUCAUGCAGCUUCAGCGGGUCACGCAGGACAUGAGUACAGCCAUCAACGAUGCCGAGGCGGCGGACGUAGAAGAAACCUCCGAGCUUGGGAACGAAAGCCACGAUGUCGAUCUCGCAAUGGAAGCCGACAACAUACGCCUCCGCUCUGACCUAGAUAAGAAGGGAAAGCUGCUCGCGGAUAUGGAAACGCGCUUGGGCCACCUGCAGGAAAGUUACGACGAUUUGAAAGAGGAGGUUGUUCGCAAGGGCAGGGAGCUAGAGGCGUUCCACGAUGCCCAAGACGGUGCUGGCAAGGAGGUCAUCAGGUCGCUUGAACUGAAGUUGCGCGAGCAGGACGAGCUCAUUGCCAACCAGGAAGCGCAGGCUGAAGAGGAUCGCAUCGCCAAGGAGCGGUUGACGAGCGAAGUCUCAGCACUCAAGGCCAAGACGCAGAAACUUGAGACCCUUGACGAUGAGGUCAAGGAGUUGCGGUUCAAGAAUGAGGAACUGUCCCGUAAAGCCAACAUGGUUGAACGGUACAAGCAAAAGCUUGAGGCACAGUCCACGUUGUCAAAAGAGAUGGAUAACUUGCUCUACGAGAAGGAGCAGAUGCAGCGCGAUCUCAUUGAGUACGAAAAGGUUCUGAAGAGAAAUCAGGCCUUGGAGCAGACCAACGAGCAGUACGCCUCGAAGCUCAGAGAUUACGAGCUGCAGUAUGUUGAGUUGGAUGCUCAGCGCAGGGCUCUUCACGAUGACACUAUGCAGUUGAGAGCUCGUCUUGCAACGCUCGAUGCUCAGCGUCUCUCUGAUGAGCACCUAAUCUCCGAGUUGCAGGAGCAGAUCAACUCGGGAUCCCCGGGUGCUUUGUCUCCCGACGCUGGCACUGCGGGCUUCAGUCUCGAGCAGGAGCUUGAGGGUGUCAGCAGCGCCGCGCCCCCUAAUCUUGGUCUCGAGGUUUCUCGCCUCAAGGCAGAGAACAACCUGCUUCGUAGCGGUAUGGGAUCUGGGCCAGAAAACGCCCGAUUGCGUCAAGAGCUCGAGGAGGAGCGUAGGCAACGCGAACGUAUUCAGGGAACUUACAACGAUACGUUCGAAAAGCACCAGAUUGCGGAGGCCCAAAUCAGCGCUCUGAUCGAGAGCAGUGGCGAAAACGAGGUGCUAGCCAACCUGAGGAUCCAACUUGCUCAAAAGGCCCAUGAACUUGAUAGCGAGAGGAGGAAGAACAGCGAGAUCCAAGCUCAGCUCUCUGACAAGGAUCGCGAACUCCUCAGCGCAAGGACCGAUCUCUCAGCCGUGGCAAAGGAUAGCGUUGAUGCUCUCGAGGAACUCAAGUCUACUGACCAACUCAUAUCCGGUUCAAUCCACGAAGAACUCGAGGCAGCACGCCAACAGCUCAAAAACCUCGGUACUGACCUCGAAGAACAGCGCAGCUCGCUUAUCAACGCCCUGCUUGAGAAAGACAAGCUUCGAAAGGACCUUGACGAGGCCAAGGAUGGCACGGGUGCUGAGCCCACUGAGGCCGCUCAGAAGCUUCAGGAGAAGGUUGACAAACUGCGCGUCAGACUCAAGGAGCGCCAAUCGCAACUGGAGAAGUCCGAGCAAGAUAAAUAUGACUUGCAGCGCAAGCUUAAGGCGGCUGAAGGCGGAGAAGCUGCCGCGGCUCAGAAAGCUGCGAGUGAUCAGAUUAUCAAGAACCUCCAGCGCGAGAAUGCACUCAUUGCGACGGCAUGGUACGAUCUUACUAGCCGUAUUCAGAGCAAUCACGUCGUCUUGCAAAGGCGGAAUGAGGCUCCCAAGAGCUGGCUGGGCAAGCAAAGACAGAUGGUCAAUGCCACUCCUAGGAGAUGA